UGCGCCAUUUUCCUUACCGAAGGACAACAAACCAAACCACAGCAUUGUCGGACAUCGCUCUGUUCGCCGAAAUGGCAGUGUAAAAGUGUGCAGCGACCCAGCAGCAGCCAACAAAACAGUGCAUCCAGCCAGUGCACUGAGUCACUUCUAAUUCAGCAAAAAUGUCGUCCUACGUGGAAACCCUCAGCACUGCUGCAUUCGACAGCAUAAAAGAAUUCAACGCUCUCCUAGCAUCGCCACGCGCUCCAUUUGUGACCAACAACAGCCAUUAUGACCAUGAUGAUGACAAACUCACAGUUUGGCCUGGAAGACAUGGAGGACCUUCUCUGGGGGCCUUCCUCUCCCAUGGCUGACCCCAUGGGCUCCCUGUUCUUUCACCCUGACCAAGAAGAAUAUCAGGAAGGAGGAGGAACCUCAUUGGAGGGGGACACUUCACCUGUGUCACCCCUCACCUCCUCAUCACUGUCUUCUUCCUCCUCUCCUCCUCCCUUCUACUCUCCUCCUCCCUCGCCGCCGGCCGUCCUCCUCCAUGGGGACAAAGCCGGGAGUGAGUCUGACCUGCUCUCCCUACCCUGGUUGGGCCAACGUGGUCAGCUGAGAUGUGGCCAGACAGUCUCAGAUGACAAGAAAGAGGAUCCAUUUAGUGACCUGGACUGGAUGGCUGAGAAGAUGGAUCUGAGUGAGUUUGACUUGGAGUCUCUGAUUGGCUCCUGCAGUCCUACUGAAGAGACUCCCAGCUCUACAGAAGACCUCCUGGCCUCCCUAGAUUGCCCCAUGGAGCUCGACUCCCUCCCAGUGCCCACUCUCCCAACUCCUGCGCCCUCGAGUCUUCCCUCUGCUUCUCUUCCAAGAACACCUCCCCCCACACUUCCUGCUGUUUAUGAAGAUACUUCAGUUGUUACGGUGGAUGACACUGACACUGCCCCCUCCCCUCCCCCCUGUGUCCCAGAGCCACAAGAGGAGCUUGAAAUCAAAUCUGAGCCUGUUUCUCCUGACCCACCCUCCCCCCAGGUUGAGUCUCCUUCCUCCCCAGUCUACACCCUGGACCUGGGCAGUGAGGUGGAUGUCUCGGAGAGUGAGGUGAAGCCGGUGUUGGCUCCUGUGGUCCCUCAGGUCCAGAGGCUUGUACUCUCCCUUUCACCUACGCGCAUUGUGCUCGUGCUGGCUCCCAAAAAUGAAGUCGGGAUCUCCACCCCUACUGUAACCACCACAUCAGAGGUCAUUUGCUCCUCCCCUCCUGCCUCCCCUCCGCAAAGGUCCUCUAGAAGCAGACCAUACCCUGAGCCCAAACACAAAGCUAGCCUGUCCUCUCCCAGUGCCACCAGUGUCAAAGUCAAGUCCCCACGGGGUGCAGGUGGUGAUGAGCGGGUAGCUUUGAAGGCACCAAAGGACAAGAAACUAAAGAAGAUGGAGCAGAAUAAGACAGCUGCCACACGUUACAGGCAGAAGAAGAGGGCUGAGCAGGACGCGCUUUUGGAAGAGCAUGCGGUGCUGGAGAGGAAGAAUAUGGAGCUGACUGAGAGGGCUGAAUCCAUGGCCAGGGAGAUCAAGUACCUCAAAGAGCUGAUGGAGGAGGUCCGCCUGGCCAGGAUCAAAAAAGGUCUUAGUGCUGACCCCUAGUGGUUGGACCUAAUUAUAACAGAUUAGGUGUGUUAAAUAGAAAGUGGGCUAAUGAAAAAGAUUUUAUUUUCAGUGCAAACAUGAAUCAGUAUAGUGUGUGUUCUGUCCUGCACAGCAUGUCUUGGAUGCACAAGCCAAUAAAACUGAUUUUCCUCAGAGUAUCUCCUUUUUAAGUAUCAUUGCACUGGUAUUAAAUAUAGAAUAGUUUUUGUCAGGUUUAGAGUAGUUCUAUGGAAACAAGAAUUUUCCAUUCAGUAUAUCAACUUGUAUCAACCGUUUCUUGUAUGUAAUGUUUGUUCCUAUAUCUGGACCUUAGUAACUUGCCAGUAAGUCUUUGUAAGCUUUUAAAAAUGUGUAUAUUAUAACCAGACCACUUGUAUUAUCAGUCUCUAAAUAAAGAGUCUUCAACCAAAUUGCUCUAAUUUGGUGUGGUUACUUGUGGGCAUAAUGUUGGCCAGUGGGUACUUAUG